CCUCCUUCCCAGCAUAAUGAGAGCUGGAAGAUUGACAACUGCAACAUGGCUAUCUGUACAAAUGGCACGGUCAAAACGAAGCCUUUUUCCUGUUCCUUUGUGGAAAAACCUGUAUGUACCAAUGGACAACCGCCUGUCAAGGUCUAUGAUGACAACGGAUGCUGCUUCCAUUAUGACUGUGAAUGUGUAUGCACUGUCUGGUCUGGGCACUACAACACAUUUGAUGGAGUCGAUUACGUUUUCAAGCAGUUGUGCAAGUACUACCUUGUCAAAGAGAUCCAGUAUAAGUACAACCUGUCUAUUAUGUUGGACAGUCAUAGAUGUGAAACUGCGAACAGCACGUUCUGUCCCCAGGCCGUCAUCGUGAAGUUCAACAACAACACCAUCGUUUUGACUCAGUUGAAGAGCGAAGGCCUUGUGGCGUUCAUAAACGGGAAACAGAUCUAUCCCGCCUACUCCAAUCAUUACCUGUCCCUCUUCAGCACAGAUAUGGCAAUCACAUUGAUGAUACCUUCCAUUCAGACAAAAAUCUUCUAUAAAACCAACUCAUUCAGCAUUUACCUACCAUAUGAUCUCUUCCAUGGGAAUACUGAGGGACAGUGUGGAACCUGUGACAACUCCCAGAUCAAUGAGUGCCGUUAUCCAAAUGGCGAGAAGGGACCCUGCAAUAUCUUUGCACCCUCCUGGGUAGUCCCAGGUCUACCCUGUGAAACCACAACAAUCCCCCCAACAACUUCAACGGCAGUGACCAGCCAAAGCACAACAAUCAUAACAUCACAGCUCCCCUGCAAACCACCGAUCUGUGAACUCUUAAAGAGCAGUAUAUUUGAGGAGUGUGCUUCGGUCAUUCCCGCAUUCCCAUAUAUUUCAUCCUGUGAGAUUGACGGCUGCAACGGUGGUGGAAUUGAAAUACCACAUAUCAAUGUCACCUGCAUCAUUCUGGAGACCUAUGCUGAUUUGUGUGCUGAAAAAGGAAUCUGUAUUGACUGGAGGAAUAGAACCAAUGGGAUGUGUGAGCACAGGUGUCCAGAGGGCAAGGUGUACAAGGCCUGUGGACCAGCUGUAGAGCCAACAUGCAAUGACAGAUACAACAGCAUGUUCAACGCAGGAUCCUCUCCAUCCUCUACUGACACUAAGGAGGGUUGCUUUUGUCCUGAAGACACCACUUUAUUCAAUCAAGUCUAUGACGAAUGUGUGCCCGCUUGUGAUUGUACAGGACCUGAUGGAAAACCAAAACUGCCGGGUGAAACAUGGAUAAGUGACUGCAACAACUGUACCUGCGACAUGGACUCCAUGAGCGUCGUGUGUAAGCGCACUCCAUGCCAGACAAUGAAGAUCCCCGACUGCAGUGAAGAAGGCCAAGUUCUGGUAUCCUCAUCAGACGGCUGCUGUACACAAUAUAUCUGUGAAUGUGACCAAGCCCUGUGUCCCAAUCCACAUACCUGCCUGCCGGGCUUCAAACUGACGUACACAGAUGGCAUCUGCUGCAAGUCCUUCAAGUGUGAAGACUAA